UAAGACACAGUUAGAUGUUACAGUGUGGAGUGUGUGGAUUUCAGAAAUGUUUAAAAGACAUCUGGACAAAAAAAAAGCCGUAGUUGGGUCUCAUGAGGAUAAAUAAACGAAACGUGUGAGCAUCUGCGAGUUUCACCGGACGUCUCAUGCGUUGGCCACGCCCACUCGAAUGCGCCGUACAGAUUAAAUGACCGUUACAGCGCAACCGCUGGGAAUUAAACUGGAAACUCUGGCUUUACAUACAGACUCACCUCUUUUUUAUGAUAACUACCAGUGAUAUCUGGUCAUCUUUGUUGUGUGUCAGGUACUGUUAAAAAGUUGAACACCUAUUUUCGACAUUGUUUCGUUUAUCUUACGGUGCUCAAGAAUUGAAGAAACUCCAUAAUUUCUUGUUUCUACAAGAUGCUGAUGGGGAAAAAUGGCUUUGUUGAGGAAAAUCAACCGUGGUCUCCUCAUUCUGCUCAUUCUGGUGGCUUUUGCUCUCCUCUACAAAAAGACCAGACUACAGACACUGGCCAAGCAUUCAGUGCUAACCAAAGAUGCGACCAAAACAGGUGUGGAAGACGAGAAAGAGACGGAUGCUGACAUCCCUGUGGUCAUCUGUGCUUCAGAGGAGCGUAUUGGUGCUGCAAUGGCAACCAUCAACAGUGUCUACAGCAACAGUCGUGCGAGCAUUUUCUUCUAUAUAGUUACCCUUCGAGAUGCCAUCAGCAAGAUAAGGGAAUACAUAGAGAAGACCAAGCUAAGAAAAAUCAAAUACAAGAUCCUGGAGUUCAAUCCGAUGGUAUUGAAGGGAAAAGUCAAUCCGGACUCGUCUAGACCAGAACUGCUGCACCCUCUUAACUUUGUGAGGUUCUACUUACCGCUUCUCGCCAUUGAAAAUCACGGGCGGAUCAUUUACCUGGAUGAUGAUGUCAUAGUGCAAGGAGAUAUACAGGAACUGUAUAACAUAAAGCUGAAAGCGGGACAUGCUGCUGCGUUCGCCUCAGACUGUGAUCUGCCCCCCACACAUGAGAUGGUGCGCAGCGUAGGGAUGCAGACAACCUAUAUGGGCUUUCUGGACUACCGCAAAGAGGAAGUCAGAGAGUUAGGCAUCAACCCCAGCGACUGCUCCUUUAAUCCAGGUGUUUUUGUAGCAGACCUUGGUGAAUGGAAAAAGCAAAAAAUAACUAAACAGCUGGAGAAAUGGAUGGCUAAGAAUGUCAGGGAGAAUCUGUACAGCAGUGCUAUGGCAGGCGGUGUGGCCACCCCUCCAAUGCUGAUCGUCUUUCAUGAUAUAUACACAACUAUUGAUCCACUGUGGCACGUCAGACACCUGGGAUGGAGUCCUGAUACCCGUUAUCCCAAAUCCUUUCUCAAAGAUGCACGCUUACUGCACUGGAACGGACGUUUUAAGCCCUGGAACUACCCCUGUGUCCAUCUGGACCUCUGGGAAAAAUGGUUUAUCCCAGACCCCACAGGAAAAUUCACCUUGCAGGAAGUGACAGGUUGCACCAUCACCGCAAUUUUAAAGGUGCCAAGUUACAAUUAUUUUUAUAGCACUUUAUAUAAUGCAAAUGUGUCAAAGCAACGUAACAUUGAUAAAGAGGAAGCCAGAUACAAUUUAGAUUCUGCUGUAAAGCAGCUAUACAACAGUAUCAUUAUUUGAUACCCAUAGUAUCACUAAAAAUUUGCAUAUGCACACAUGUAUUUAAAGACUUGUUUAGAAG